AACAACAAUAAAAGAUGUAUUGAUACCGGCCUCCAAUCGCAUCUUCUUCUUCUUCUUAUUCUUAAACCCUAAUCAGCUAACUUAAAACCCUAACGGCUCAUUCUUCACAAACCUAGCAACUAUAACCUUGCGACAACGACGAUGGUGGAGCUCGAUAACCAGAAGGAAGCACCUAUCCCAUCCGAUUACAAUGAAGAUUCAGAUGAUUCUGACUCCACUCAACAUUCCGACGAAUCUGAUUUCGAGGACUCUUCUGCAGAUAAAGACGGCGACUCUUCUUCCGGUUCAUCUGAUUCCGAUUCCGAUUCCAAAUCUGAAUUAGAAGAUGGUUCCCUUGCUCAGGAUAACUCCGGCGAUUCAGAAGACGCAGAAUCUCAAGACGAGGACGACGUCAAAUCAGAAGGUGGAAGUGAGGGCUCUGAUAUUCAUCAGGAAGGAGUAGGAGGAGAUGAGAGUGAUUCAUCUGAGGAUGAGGUGGCUCCGCGAAAUACCAUCGGAGAGGUCCCUUUGAAGUGGUAUGAGGAUGAACCCCAUAUCGGAUAUGACAUCAAGGGAAAGAAGAUUAAGAAGAAAGAAAAGGAAGACAAAUUGGGUUCUUUUCUUGCUAAUGUUGAUGAUUCUAAGAAUUGGCGGAAGAUCUAUGAUGAGUACAAUGACGAGGUAGUGGAGCUUACAAAAGAUGAAAUAAAAAUUGUGCGCAAACUAAUGAAGAAUCAGGCACCACAUACUGACUUUGAUCCAUAUCCGACAUAUGUUGAUUGGUUCAAAUGGGAUGGUGCCAAGCAUCCAUUGUCUAACGCACCUGAACCCAAACGAAGGUUCAUUCCUUCAAAGUGGGAAGCUAAAAAGGUUGUGCAAUAUGUUAGAGCCAUUCGCAAUGGAUCAAUAACUUUUGACAAGCCAAAGGAGGAGGAUGAUGCAUAUCUCUUGUGGGAAGAUGAUUCUGGUUUGACAGAAAAGGCAAAUCAUUUGGCUUACGUUCCUGCACCAAAGCAGAAACUUCCUGGCCAUGAUGAGUCAUAUAAUCCUCCUUUAGAGUACAUUCCAACCCAAGAAGAGAUUAAUUCGUAUCAAUUGAUGUAUGAAGAAGACCGCCCUAAAUUUAUCCCAAAAAGGUUUACAUCUAUGAGAAGCAUCCCUGCUUAUGAGAAUGCUAUGAAGGAGUCUUUCGAACGCUGUUUGGAUUUGUACUUGUGCCCUCGAGUUCGAAGAAAACGUCUUAAUAUUGAUCCUGAAUCUUUAAAGCCAAAGCUUCCAAAUAAAAAGGAGCUUAAGCCUUACCCCAUAACAUGCUAUAUCGAAUAUAAAGGCCACGAAGGUGCAGUUACAUCAAUUUCAGUUGAAGCUUCAGGACAGUGGAUGGCUUCAGGUUCAAGUGAUGGAACUGUCCGUGUCUGGGAGGUUGAAACAGGCAGAUGUCUGAGACGGUGGGAGAUUGGUGAAGCUGUAAACUGUGUUACUUGGAAUCCUCUGCCUGAUAUUCAUAUUCUGGCCGUGUCUGUGGGACAAGAUGUACUUCUUUUAAACACUGGCUUGGGUGAUGAAGAAGAACAGCAAAGGAUUAAGGAACUUCUCUUGGUUGACUCACCAAAAGCAUCAGAGGAGACUGGCAAGAAAGCACCCAGUGUAAGCUGGCUCAAAGACGAUAAACAUGACGGUAUAAGGUUAAGGCAUUUAAAGACUGUUACUAGCGUGGAAUGGCACAGGAAAGGUGACUACUUUUCAACAGUGAUGCCAGCAGGCGAAUCAAGAUCAGUUCUGAUACACCAGUUAUCCAAGAAACUUUCACAAAAGCUUCCAUUCAAGUUACACGGACUUGCUGUUAGAUCAACAUUCCAUCCAUCCCGUUCCAUCUUCUUUAUUUGUACAAAAAAGACUGUUCGUGUGUAUGAUUUAUUGAAGAGAAAACUCAUAAAAACGCUUUAUACCGGUCUCAAAGAAGCCUCAUCAAUUGCAGUCCAUCCUGGAGGUGAUAAUUUAAUUGUGGGGAGCAAAGAAGGGAAGCUUUGUUGGUUUGACAUGGACCUUUCGGCUAAACCAUAUAAAACUCUUAAGUGUCAUCCAAAAGAUAUCAACAACGUAGUCUUUCAUCGUUCAUAUCCCUUGUUUGCUUCGUGUUCAGAUGACAGCACUGCAUAUGUUUUUCACGGAAUGGUUUAUUCUGAUCUCAAUCAAAAUCCUCUUAUUGUUCCUUUGGAAAUUCUACGGGGCCAUGCAAAUUCAAAUGGGAGAGGAAUAUUGGACUGUAAAUUUCACCCCAGACAACCCUGGUUAUUUACGGCUGGUGCUGAUAAGUUGAUUAAACUUUAUUGUCACUACUAGAAAAUGUUCUGAUAAAUUCAUGCAUGAUUGACGGAUGAUAUCUAAGAAGCUUGCAACUCUUAUCUCCAAUUUUGUUCACCAAUUGUUAAACAGAAAGCUGAAACCACUGCUAUCCCAGGUUAAGGGGUUAGCAAGUUUCCCGGCUCUAUAAUUUUGUUGUUUAUGGGAAAUUGCUAGAGUUUGUUUUCUACACAUCAUAUUUAUUUCUUAGAAUUUGUUUGUACUCAGCAAAAAUUCAUUAAGAUUGAAAUAGAACCGUAAUUUAGAUCUAAUAUAUAUACAUCUAUUAGAAAUC